CGAUCCAGCGCCUCCCCUGUCCCUCCUCGAUUCCCACCGAACAACCCAAUCAAUCCAUCGAUCCAACAUCGUUGAUCCCUCGAUCCAAGAGCUCUUGCCCGAGGCUCCAAGCUCCCCUGCCUCCACGAACACGAGCGCCCAGGGCCUUGUGCCCCUGCCGUCCUAGCAACAGCAGCAACAACCUCGCCAGAGAUGAGUUCCCCGCUGUGACCUGCUCCCUUCCUUCCCCAUCUGCUCUCUCUUUUUCUCUCUCUCUCUCACGCUGCUCUCUCUCUGUUGUCCUCGCAGUGCCGCCAUGGAGACCCCAGCUCCAACCUGUAGUAGCUGCGCUGCCGGAGUCGCCAUCACCUCGUCCCCUCGUCCAGUUCCUGGUGUCCGGGUCAUCUCCCCGUCGUCGCCAUCUUGCUGUCAUGGCGCGGUUGUGCUCGAAGAGAUGCCCGUGUCGCUUUGGCCGUGCAUCCCAGCCGCGCCCCAUCAACCGCGCCAAGUCCCUCAUCGCGCCGCGCCCGUCUUCCUCCUCGUCGCACCGAUCCAGGAGGAUCGACCUCGCCUGCCUCCCGCGCAUCACUCCUCUUCUGCCGAAUCUUGAGCCGCCCCCGUCGCCCUCUGCUUCGCGCUGCAUCCCGCGCCUCGAUCUUCCCCAAGACCGGCCGGAUCCAUCUUCCCGCGCCCGGAUCCGCCCGUUCCAGCCGGUUCCCGCCGACCCUGUCGCCAGAACCUUCCCUGGCGCCGUCUUCUACAUCGCCAUGACCCUGCUGCUGCUUUUGUUCUUCGUUCUUCAGUAACGAGUAGCAGCAGCUCGCUCGGUAGAGCCGCACGUUGACCGCGACCCCAAGGCCCAGCGACCUCAUGCCUCGCCUGCUCGUGGGCCUCUGCUUCCCCGCCGGCCUGUUGGCCCAAUGUGAGCAUAGCACAGCCCCCUCUCCUAUGCACUAUUGGCCCAGCCUGCAUAUUCGGCCCGCAUGUGUUUUUUUCCUUGUCUCUGCGAAUUUAGUAAUUAUCCAGGAUCUACAGAUUUGCAGAAAAGUCCCUCUUGUUCAUGCAUUUGGUAUCUCACAAACCAUGUAUCGGAUUAAAAUGUUUUAAACAUGUAAAAUGCUUAGAAUUUUAUCUAGUUUCAUAAUAUGCUGCUUUCAUCCAUGUUUAAAAUGU